UUUACUAAAGUAAUUUAUAUAUAUUUAGUACAUCUAGGAGGUACAUGUUGUACUUUUACUUAAGAAAAGAAGAGUAUAGUCAGCAGGACUAGAGGAAGUUGAGGAGAUCAGUUUCCACUUCGAGUGUACUUCGUGUGUACUGUGUGUACUUCGUGUGUGUACUUCGUGUGGAGUUUCCCGUGUGGGCGGGGCCACCGCUGCAGGAAGUUCCUCGUGGAGUCUCAGCUGUCCAUCACGUCCCCGCGGCACCGUGGAGGAGACCCUUGACCCGGUUCGAGACCUGUGAUCCGGAUCGAGACCCGUGAUCCGGAUCGAGACCUGUGAUCCGAAUCGAGACCCGUGACCCGGAUCGGGAGCUCGGCAGUCCGCGAUGGGCGACGCGGUCCUGCUGGACCUGGUCCACGGCUGCGGUCCGGACUGCGCGUUUCUGCGGGACGAACGCGCGUGCCCGUCUCACGUCUUCCUGCUGUGCGGGGCGCGUGACCGGCACGAGGACCACCUCUCCGCCGCCGCCGCGUACGUGAGCUCGAGCGUGCACGCGCUGGACUCGGGCUCCACCGCGGCGCGCCUGUACCGGUUCAAGCAGACCCUGGACCAGCUGGACCUGAGCUCGGUGAGGGUGCUCGCGACCCCGCGGGGCCGCGCCGUGCUGCGCGCCUACCAGGAGCAGCUCUUCACGGCCGUGUACAGCUUCGACUACCGCGUGGACGAGCGCACCUGUGCGGGCUGCGCAGGCUCCGCCCCCUCCGACUCAACUGCGGUCCCGGUGGAGGAAAAGGUGUCCCGGUUCCUGCAGCAGCUUCCGGCCCUGAAGGGAGAAGUCCGGGUCCUGACGUCAUCGCUGAUUCCAGGUGGUUUCGGUCAUGGGUUCAGUACCCGGACCGGCGGCAUCUCCUACAUCCAGACCUUGUCCUCUUUGAACCUGUUCAGCAGCCGCAGGAGGAGGGACCCCGGAGCCGUGGUCCAGGAGAACCGCCGCAGACUGGCCCUGCAUGCCGGGUUCCACCCGCAGCCCCUCCACCUGGUCAAGGUGGACCACGGCAGCCAUGUUUGGGUCUUGGGGGAAGCCGAGCCUGAGAGCUACGACGCCGUGGUCACCGAUCGGACCGGCGUGGUCUUGGCGGCGCCGGGAGCCGACUGCAUGCCGAUCCUGUUCGCGGACCCGGUUUUAAAGGUAAUCGGAGCGGCUCACGCAGGUUGGAAGGGUACCCUGAUGGGCGUCGCUAUGGCGACGGUGGAGGCCAUGGUGAGGAACUUCGGUUGCCGGGCGAGGGACAUCGUGGUUGCCGUGGGACCGUCGGUCGGCGCCUGUUGCUUCAGGCUGGACAGACAGCAGGCGCUGGACUUCCUCCAGGUCCACCAGGACUGUGUCCCCGAUCCAGAGUCCACAAGACCACAUGUCGACAUCCGCCUUGCCAACAGGGUGCUCCUCCUGAGAGGAGGCGUCCUCCCUGAACACCUCCAUGACGACUCGGAGCUGCAGCGCUCCUGUGUGACGCCCUGCACCUCCUGCCACCCAGAGGACUUCUUCUCCCACACCAGGGACGGACUCAACUUCGGCACCCAGGUGGGCUUCCUGUGGAUCAAGGGGACGGACGGGGGGGCGAAUAGGGGGACAGACAGGGGGGUGGAAUGAGGGGACGGACGGGGGGGCGG